AUGUUUAACCCUGACAUAAACGAUUAUCAAUUGACUUCCAUAGUAUCGGAGUGUUGUGGAGGUAUCGCCGUUGUGUAUUCAGCAGUUCACAAGCCAGAUAAUCAAAAUGUCGCUAUUAAGAGGUAUUUUGUUGACAAGUCAAGGGAAAAAGCCAAUUUGAUACAGCAAGACAUUCUAACUAGAAAAGAGCUGCACCAUCAGAAUAUUCUUCCAUACUUGACAUCCUUUGUUCAUGGUCAGGAGUUAUAUGUGGUAUCUCCUCUAAUGGAGCUGGGUUCCUGUCGAGAUAUAUUAGAUAGAUACUUCCAAGAAGGCCUACCAGAACUUGCUUGUGCCAUUAUUUUAAGGGAUGUGUUAUUGGCGUUACAAUACCUACAUAAACAGUUUUAUGUACACAGGAGUGUGCGAGCAAGUCAUGUGUUACUCGACACACAGGGUAAUGUACGGUUAUCAGGCCUUCGCAGUGCGGCAAGUAUGAUGUUGCGUGGGCGACGACAGAAACAUCUGCAUAGUUUGCCACCCCCUGAUCAUGAUAAUGCUAACUUAAUGUGGCUAAGCCCUGAGUUAUUAGAACAGAAUCUCAAAGGCUAUGAUGAACAGUCUGAUAUAUAUUCCUUGGGAAUCUUAUGCUGUGAGUUAGCCAAUGGAGCAGUUCCAUUCUCUGAAGUGCCGACUACACUUAUGUUCACUGAAAAAGUGAGGGGCAAUCGACCGCAACUACUUGACUGUUCAUCUUUUCCGGAACCUUUGGAUGAUGGGGAAAUGAAAAGUAUGUAUAACACUGACAGCGGUGUGGGUGACAGCGCGGAGGGAAUGUGUCGAGUACGGCUGGUGUACGCACGACGUAAACUGUCAGAUGCCUUUCAUAGACUCACUGACAGUGCCUUACACAGGGACCCGGAAAAGCGUCCGUCAGCGAGUCAAUUGUUGAAUCACGCUUUCUUCAAACAAAUCCGACGAACAGACUUCCUACCAAGCCUUAUUGGACGAGUUAAACCAAUUAAACCAGACCAUUGUGAUAUAUCAGCUUUAUUGCUUGAAGAGAAACUUUCCGAUAUGGAGAUUGAAAAAACCGAGGAAUGGGAUUUUUAG